AUGUCCGGUUUCAACGGCCGCCGUGCGCCCAACUUCUCUCAAUAUCUCGAGGAUUUGAAUGCCAUUCCCUCGCCGUACGACCAGGCUUUGCAGCAGCAACAGAGACAAGAUACCUUCAACCUCGAUGCUGAACUCUCAUUGUUCACAAAUACCGAGUUCUUCGAUUUCGACAAUCUCGGGGAUCUCAACCUGCCUACGUUUGAUGCCGUAAACGAAGACAGUGCGAAGACAACGGAACAGCAGAAUGGAGGACCUGCUGCCCACAAUCCCGAUAUGGAGUUUCUGGAUCUUCUAGGGGAUGGUUUCAACAACAUGCCCGAUUUUUCGGCAGCCAACUUGAACUCGAUCAACUCUCAGCUUCCGGUUCAAAAUACGCAAUUUUCAAAGAUCCCAUCAAUCCCUUCAGGGCUUUCAAAUGCGCCCUUCAACGCCAACCCCACCCCGAGUCAGUCGAGUUCGUCUGCAACUUCGCCUACUGGCCCAGCUACCAGCCCAGUAGCUGCUCCAGCUCCCUCUGCAACGACUGCGGCGGGACCCAAGCGCAAGAACACGCAAAAGCCGGCACCUAUCAGCGUGGAGGAGGCUGCCCGCAUUGCCGCGGAGGAGGACAAGCGUCGCCGGAACACGGCUGCUAGCGCGCGAUUCCGCGUCAAGAAGAAGCUCCGGGAACAAGCGUUGGAGAAGACAGUCAAGGAGACCACCGAGAAGAAUGCCGCUCUUGAAGCCCGCGUGACCGCGCUGGAGCUGGAGAAUCAAUGGCUGAAGAACCUGAUCACAGAGAAGAACGGCAAGUCGGCGGAGGAGACUAAGAAAUCCGAGACCGACAUUGCAAACAUGUUCAAGAAGUUCCUCUCGUCUCAGAAGGCCGACGCUGAACGGAGUAGUUCCGAGUCCAAGAUCGGUGUUGGCACUGCGUGA